AUGCCUCUACUCGAGGACAAACAGCUCAGAAUCAUCAUUGCCGGAGCCGGGAUCGGCGGCCUCACCACUGCAUUAUCCCUCCAUGCAGCAGGCUUCACAGACAUCCAUAUCUUCGAGGCAGCCUCCAACCUCACGACCCUAGGCGUCGGCAUCAAUGUCCAGCCCUCAGCAGUCUUGAUCCUCAGAAAUCUUGGUCUAUUGCCUGCUCUCAGAUCAACAGCCAUUGAAACCAAAGAAUUGAACUUUUACAACCGUCACGGAGAUGCCAUUUUGAGCGAACCCAGGGGCGAGAGUGCUGGAUAUGCAGUACCUCAAUUCAGCAUUCAUCGCGGCGAAUUUCAGAUCUUGUUGCUGGAUACUGUCAAAGAACGUUUGGGCGCUGAUCGUGUGCACUUAAGCCAUGCCCUUGCAAGUUUCGAGCAAGAUGAGAGUGUGCAAGGAGACAGCCCUACUGGGACAAUUACAGCACGCUUCGUACGAAAAGGUGAUUUGGCUCUGCAACCAGAGAUCCCGGAGAUGACGGGUGAUGUUCUCAUUGCAGCUGAUGGAAUCAACAGCGUGGCUCGCAAACUCCUUUACCCGGACGAAGGCCCACCACGCUUUUCUGGCCGUAUUCUCUGGCGUGGAUGUCUUGAACAGGAGCCUUAUCUCACAGGAGCAUCAAUGGUGUGGGCAGGCCACGCAGAUCAGAAGUUCAUCGCCUACCCAAUCUCGGGCACCUCAAUGCGCAAAGGCAAGAGUUUAGUCAAUUGGAUCGCAGAACUACGUAUCCGCGACAAGAACGACCCUGACCUUACUCCUCCUCCAGUGGAUUGGACAAACACAGUACCCAAAUCAAAAUUCGAAGGCCCAUUCCAGGACUGGCGUUGUGGUGGUCUGAGCAUGAAACAGCUCAUCGACGACACAGACAAAGUCUACGAGUUCCCCAUGAGCGACCGCGACCCAGUGGACCGCUGGAGCUUCGGUAGACUCACACUCCUCGGUGACGCAGCUCACGCUAUGUACCCUAUUGGCUCGAACGGAGCGUCCCAAGCCAUCAUUGACGCCGAUGCCUUGACCCACUGCCUAACAAACAACCCUCGAAACAUUUCUCUGGCCCUGGAGCAAUACCAAGCCAUCCGCCUUCCUCCCACCGCCAAGAUUGUUAUGGCAAACAGAGCAAAUGGCCCUGAUCACGUCCUUCAACUCGCUCACGAACGUGCUCCAGAUGGAUUCAAGGAUAUCUAUGAUGUGAUUCCCAAGGAAGAGUUGGAGGGUGUGGGCAAGCAGUAUAAGUUGAUUGCGGGCUUUGAGAUGGAUUCGGUUAACAAGAAGGCAAAAGAAACGGAAGGAGUGGCCGAGAAGGCGGGGUUAAAGAGUCCGGUCAAGUGGACUGUAAGUGGAAAGAGCUGA